UACGUAGUGUGUAUUUUGAAAGAAUGAACAUCAUACUUUGCUUUGUGGUGCUUGUAUGGAGCCUGAUGGACAGUGCAUUGGCGGGAUUGAGUGUGGACUUAGCAAAUAUCCCGAUGAAAACCAGGGUGCCCAUUAAAGAUCCCAAUUUGCAAGUAUCCGAAGCGGUGUCCAUCAAUCUCCUCGCUGGCGCUGGUAGCGAUAGCAGUAAUGAGGUGGUGCACCCGCGCGCGGCCAUCGCCGUUGCCCCGGUCAUCCCGACACUGGAUGCCAAUUUACCGAAGAUUCCUGUACCGAACUUUAGGCCAUGUUCCUGCGAAGCAACUGUCCGAACCACGCCCUCCCCGUCCACCAUCAACGUGCCACCCCGCAACCGUCUGGCUUUGGAGCCUUCUAUCCGCGGCAUGCAGGCCGGACAUCCACGCGGAGCUCCACCGCGCACAGCCAUCAAACCUAUUCCCGGGAAGGGUGUCCACUGCAGUCUGCUGUUCCAGAACACUUCCGGUCUGGACUGUCCCUGCCAAAACUGGGGCGAACGCUGUGGACCACCGCGUUCCAUCUGCUCCAAUUUCUCCUCGGAGUUCUCGACGUGCAUGUGCAAUCUGGCGGAGAGUGUGCGCGAAGGGACGAAAUGUCAGCCAGCGGCCGUCAGCAUCCCGGCACGUGGAGCGGAUUUCCGGAUCUUUGCACCGGCGCCGGUGGUGGAAGUAGGGUGUGAUGCCGAGCCGUGUCAAAUCGUUUCCGGAAUUAACACGUUGAUGGGCGUUCCUCCGUACAGUUGGACCAUCAAUCGCAUCCAUUCCACCGGCUCCAACAGCAUCUUACCGGACGACAGCCCCGGUCCGGACAUCAGUCUAGACGACAACGCCAACAUUCUGAACGGUGCCAACUGUCUGCGUAGUGGGCGUGGAUUAACCGUUGACCUGGACAAGGUCAGUGCGCACCGUGAUCGUCUGGGGCCGGUGGAGCGAAUCAAAGACUUUUUCACCGGUCGCCAGCUGCCUAUUGCCGCAUUGACCAGUAGCCGCAUGGAAAAACAGUCCAAAGUUGACGUCUACCGGAUUGUGGCGCGUGACGGGGACGGAACAGUCAGCAACAUGGUGACGCUAACGGUUUUCUUCAACAAUCAGUGUCCUGUGAAGAUUAGAACGGUCUCCAAGGAUGUGUGAACAUGCACGCUGGACAGUUUCCUUGAACGCAUUUCGAACGGCU